GUUCUCCGAGUUCCUGUCUCUCUGCCAACGCCGCCCGGAUGGCUUCCCCAAACCGCGACCCGGCAGCCACUAGCGUCACUGCGGCCCCUAAAGGAGCCGAACCGAGCCGAGCCGAGUCGAGCCCAGCGGGGGCGCUGCCCGGGGUCCCGGGGGGCAAAACGCUACAGCAGGAGCUGAUGACCCUCUUGAUGUCUGGCGAUAAAGGGAUUUCUGCCUUCCCUGAAUCAGACAACCUUUCCAAAUGGGUAGGGACCAUCCAUGGAGCAGCUGGAACAGUAUAUGAAGACCUGAGGUAUAAGCUCUCGCUAGAGUUCCCCGGUGGCUACCCUUACAGUGCGCCCACGGUGAAAUUCCUCACACCCUGCUACCACCCCAACGUGGACACCCAGGGUAGCAUAUGCCUGGACAUCCUGAAGGACAAGUGGUCUGCCCUAUAUGACGUCAGGACCAUUCUGCUCUCCAUCCAGAGCCUUCUAGGAGAACCCAACAGUGAUAGUCCCUUGAACACGCAGGCUGCCGAGCUCUGGAGAAACCCCACAGCUUUUAAGAAGUACCUGCAAGAAACCUACUCAAAGCAGGUCACCAGCCAGGAGCCCUGACCCAGGCUGCCCAGCCUGUCCUUGUGUUGUCUUCUUAAUUUUUCCUUAGAUGGUCUGUCCUUUUUGUGAUUUCUGUAUAGGACUCUGUAUCUUGAGCUGUGGUAUUAUUUUUGUUUUGUUUUUGUCUUUU